AUGAAUGUUGUUGUUACGGGAGUUGGUGUCAAUUGUUGCCAAUUUAAAGAUGUUGUAUACUAUACUACUACUAAUACUACUAUUUACAUUACUACUACUACUACUACUACUACUACUACUACUACUACUACUACUACUACUACUACUACUAAUUCGACCAGAUCUAUCCGACGUAAUCGUCAAUAUACAUGUAAAAGUCGUGGUACAACUGUUGGCAAUAAAUCUAACAUUGUUGUAUGUCGUGUUGAUAAAUCACAUCGUAAUCAAUGUAGAGCAUGUCGUUUAACUAAAUGUCUUGAAGUUGGCAUGAAUAAAGAUGCUGUUCAACAUGAACGUGGACCAAGAAAUUCUACACUAAGACGACAAGUUGCCUUAUUUAUGUCCAACGAUCAACAAAUCUUACAUAAAACUCAUACAACAUCAUAUCAAUCUAAUCUAUAUUCUUCUAUGUCACAUUCUACAUCGCAUCCACAAACAUUUUCUAAAAAAAUUCAUCCAUUUCCAGUAUCACAGUUAAGACAGAAGACAAAUAACAACAAUUUAUUCGAUAUGACAUUUAGCACUACGUUGAAUACAAACAAAAUGAUUCAUGAUAAUAAUAUUAAUAAUAAUAGUAACAGUAAUAAACUUUAUUCAGAAAAUCCUUUAUCAAUGAAUAAUAUUCUCAAUUUAACAAAUCCUACAUUGAUGUGUUUAAAAUCUACUACGCCGACAACGAUGAAUGAAUCAUUGCCUUUAACAUUUCCUCCAUCGUCUUCUUCUGCUUCGUGUUUACUGUCAUCAACGUCGUUGUCAACGCCGCCAUCGUCGACGUCAUCGUCCACUUCCAGUGGUGGUGUUGGUGUUGGCAGUUGUCCCACUGUUACAUCGACAAUAUUCACAACCAGCUUGAAUCCUAACCAUGUCACCAAGAUUGAUAAUGAAAGAAAUCAUUUUGAAACAAUUCAACAUUUAUCAAACUCAUCAUCAUCAUCAUCAUCAUCUAUUUGUUCUACAAUCAAUAUAAAUAAUAAUAAUUAUUUAAAUUGUUUAAAUUAUCUACCGUCAAUGUUCAAUUUUUCAAAUCCAUUCAAUUUCAAUCAUAAUUAUUUAUCAACAUUAUCUAAAUGUACAGCACCAUUGGAUACUAUUACUACUACUACUAAUGGUAAUAUAAGUAGUAUGAGUAAUGCUUUUAUUGAUACUACUACAACGACGAGUACUACUACUACUACGGCUACUAUCAAUAACCAACCAAUGAAAAUUGAAACAUUGAACAUUGACAACUAUAAUAAUAAUUUAUCCGAAAAUCCAAACUUAAUCAAUAAACUGUCACUACCUGAUCACAAUCCUACGCAUGAUCAUCCUGAUCAUAAUGGGGAGGCUAAUGAUGACGGCGAUCAAGAUAGUGAUGUGACAAUAAUGUUUAGUCAACAAGCACCAAUGACCAUACCCUGUAACUCCUCCUCAUCAUCACUGACAACGACAACAACAGACACAUUGAAACCGUCUAAUUUAUCAACGCAUUCAACUAUCAAUAUUGAUCAUGAAGAUAAUGAUAUGAAUUUCAAUUUGAAUGAAACAUGGAAUAAAGCAUUAGCAUUCGCCAAAUUAUGUCUACCUGACUUGUUGACAUUGUCCAAUACAAACCAUUGUCAAGUCAAUGAUUAUAACUACCAACAGCAACCUCAACCUCAUCAGCAUCCUCAUCAUCAUCAACAACAAUAUUUAGAUUAUGCCAAAUCAUUGUUACAUUUUCAAUCGAUGUUGAAAUCUACCCAGACGAUGGAUUAUGAAAAAUCAAUAUUAUUAUGGUCAUGGUUGGGAGGAGCUGGAGGUGGAGGGUUAAACAACAGUCAUCAUCAACAUCAACUACUCACUGAUAAUCACGUGACGGCUAGUAAUCCUACUCACUUGAAACACAAUACUGAUAAUAAUAACCUUAUAACGAAUCAUACAAUCCCAUUGUUGACAUCUUCCAUAUCAAGUUCACCAAUGACAACUACAAUCUUGCCUCAACUAGCAUCGUCAUCAUCGUCAUCAUCCUCAUCAGCGUCAUAUGCUCAACAUUAUUAUUACCAAUAUUAUUAUUCAUCCUUGUUUAAUUUACCACAAAUGAUGUUAUUGAAUGAAAAUGAGCAAUUGAAAAAUUUAUAUCAUAAUGCAUGGUUUUUAAAUAAUGAUGAUGUUGAUCAGAUUGGAAUAGUGCAAAGGAAAUGUGAGUUUAUUUAUGAGAAAGAACAUCAUUUACACCACCACCAACAACAACAACAUCAACAUCAACAAUGUCAACCCUUACCUCCAUCAUAUUCAGAAGCUAUAAAAAAUCAAAUCUCUUUAUCAAAUGGAUUUUCAUUAUCAACAGUUAAUAAUAACAAUAAUAAUACUAGUGAUAAUUUAAACAAAACCACAAUAGGAACAACUAACGUUACAUGUCCAAUGUUUGAUCAAUUCAAUACUCCUCCUCCACCUCCUCCUCCUACUACUACUACUCCUAUAAUGAAUGGAUUUCUCACAUUUCCACCAUUCUCCUCUACUAUGUCUUCUUCAUUAACUGCUGGUAUUAAUUUGUCAAUAUUCAAUCCAAUGUUGAAUCUAACCACAUGUACACUACCAUCAGUAGCACCACUAGCCACCACAACAACAACACCAACAUCGUCAUCAUCAUCAAAUUCAACAUUGAACAUUGUUCAAUUUUAUUCAAGUCAAUUAUUAUUUCAGCUAAUUCAUUGGUUAUGUUAUUACAGGCCAGAUUUAAAAUUAAAACAAUAUUUUCAUUGUUCUAUUGAUAAAUUCACUAUUGUACAUUCAAUGUGUCAACAAUGGGAUUAUUUAUUAGGUGUAACGUUAUUUUUAGAAUUUUAUAAAAUGUCAUUGAAUAUUGAAAAGAACGAUACUACUACUAUUACUACUAAUAUUAAUAAUGACGGUACAGAUGAAAUCAUUACAAAUCAAUCAUUGAUUUUCAAUAAAAUGCAUUAUUUUUGGUUAGAAUUUGUAUGUAAACCAUUAGUUACAUUAUGGAGUAAUAGUAGUAGUAGUAAUAUGAAAGAAUUAGAUACUGAUUUACUAACAAACUUAUCAGAAUGCAAUUCAAUUAUUCAAUUAUUUUCUGAAAUCAUUGUUUUAAAAUUAAAUGACGAAGAAAUUGAUUGGUUGAAAAUGAUGAUAUUAUUUAGUUCAACAUCAGAUAUUACACUGAUUGAUUCAAUUCAACAUCCACAAAAUUAUGUAUUAAACUAUUAUCAAACUAUUUUAAAAGGUUGCCCAUUACGUCAACGACAAAUAAUGCAUUUCAUUGAAACAAUUCUAUCAUGUAUUAAUUUACAAUUUAAUUUACCAUCAUCAUGGAUGAAAUAUUAUUAUACACAAUGUAUAUUUCAAUUGAAUAUUGAAAAAUUUGAUUUAAUUAUAAAAAAUAUGUUGUUGACAGCUUUAGAAACUACAGAAUUAAUGACAAUGAAAUAA